GGCCCUGGGCUCCGAGGCCUGCAAGGGACACUGCCUCUUGUAGUGAUUCUCGGGGCCACAGGCACUGGCAAAUCUACCCUGGCGUUGCAGCUAGGCCAGCGCCUCGGUGGCGAGAUCGUCAGCGCCGACUCCAUGCAGGAUCAUCCCAAGGCAACCCCUACCUGGGCAGUUCACAUCAAGGGCAAGUGCUUGUUUUUGUAAACAUUGAAUAGGUUUAUGAAGGCCUAGACAUUAUCACCAACAAAGUUUCUGCCCGGGAGCAGAGAAUGUGCCAGCACCACAUGAUCAGCUUUGUGGAUCCUCUUGUGACAAAUUACACAGUGGUGGACUUCAGGAACAAGGCAACUGCUCUGAUUGAAGAUAUAUUUGCCCGAGACAAAAUUCCUAUUGUCGUGGGAGGAACCAAUUACUACAUUGAAGCUCUGCUCUGGAAAGUUCUUGUCAAUGCUAAGCCCCAGGAGAUGGACACUGAGAAGGUGAUUGACCGGAAAGUAGAGCUUGAAAAGGAGGAUGGUCAUGUACUCCACAAACGCCUAAGCCAGGUGGACCCGGAAAGGGCUGCCAAGCUACACCCACAUGACAAGCGCAAAGUGGCCAGGAGCUUGCAAGUAUUUGAAGAAACAGGAAUCUCUCAUAGUGAAUUUCUUCAUCGUCAACAAGCAGAAGAAGGUGGUGGUCCCCUUGGAGGGCCUCUGAAGUUCCCUAACCCUUGCAUCCUCUGGCUUCAUACUGACCAGACAGUUCUAGAUGAGCGCUUGGAUAAGAGGGUGGAUGACAUGCUUGCCGCUGGGCUUUUGGAUGAACUAAGAGAUUUUCACAGACGCUAUAAUCAGAAGAAAGUUGCAGAAAAUAGCCAGGACUAUCAACGUGGUAUCUUCCAGUCAAUUGGCUUCAAGGAAUUUCACGAGUACCUGAUCACUGAGGGAAAAUGCACACCAGAGACUAGUAACCAGCUCCUAAAGAAAGGUAUUGAGGCUCUGAAACAAGUGACUAAGAGAUAUGCCCGGAAGCAAAACCGAUGGGUUAAAAACCGUUUUUUGAGCAGACCCGGUCCCAGUGUUCCCCCAGUAUAUGGCUUAGAAGUAUCUGAUGUCUCAAAGUGGGAGGAGUCUGUUCUUGAACCUGCUCUUGAAAUCGUGCGAAGUUUCAUCCAGGUGAUGUUAAUCAUGGGCCACCAGCCUGCAGCUGCUCCAGUAAAGAUGCCAUGUAAUGAAACUGAGAACAAGAGAAGUUAUCACAUGUGUGACCUCUGUGAUCGAAUCAUCAUUGGGGACCGCGAAUGGGCAGCACAUAGAAAAUCCAAAUCCCACUUGCACCAACUGAAGAAAAGAAGAAAAUUGGACUCAGAUGCUGUCGCCACCAUAGAAAGUCAGAGUAUUUCCCCAGACCGUGACAAAGAGCUUAAGGAGAAGGGAUCCCCAGGGCAGAAUGAUGAAGAGCUGAAAUCCAGUGUUUAAGAGACAUGUCCAGUGGCCUUUGCAAAGGUGGUGGGGAUCCAGUUCAGGAGGGAGGGUCGUCUGUGUCCCAGUCUGGACUGAGGAGCACCACGCAGAAAGCUCCCACCAUUUUCUUCCAUUUCGUGGUGUGGUGUUAGAGUCUCAUGUUCUCUGUGAUGGAAGCAGCAGGUCUUGUCAGCUCCUGGUGUGGCUGGUGUGUCUGGUAAUGAGUUUGGGAAGAGAUUUUUUUUUAACUUUUUUAAGCUUAAGCGUUCUAUUUUGAAAGAGGCACAGAUUGUACUUUUUACACUUGAGGAUCUUUUUGGUGAUGAAUACCAGGAUUCACUAUAUCCCUUAAAAAAGAGGUUUUAUGUCCCUGACUCGGGCUAAAAAUAUCUAAUUUCCAGACAGUUUUAUAGAUGACUGAAGUAUUGUGAGCCACAAAUCAGAAGUUCUGGAUUUGAGUGAAAGUCAGGAAAGGACUGGCCCCAAUGAGAUGAUUAAGUGAACCACACCAGCUCUUGGAAUUCUGUAGGGAAGGACAGAAUCAGACCAAGGUGGUUGUGACAUGGAACUUGAAACUAAUGACUUUGGAAUUUGUUGAGCUCCUCCUAUGUGAUGAUUACUGUCACUGCUGUCUUUCUAUUGAGUUAGGAGUCUAUAUUUUUACUGAAAGUUAAAUAAAGAAAAAGUUUGCAAGAG